UUGAAUUAAAGGUCCAACAGUUCUUUCCCUCCUCUCACAACGGAUAAAAUUCUCGACUAGGGUUUCCAAUUGAUUGGCUGAAUUGCUAUCAUCGCUUUUGCGAUCCACAAAUUCAGUAGCUGAAAGAAUAUCUCACAUUCCCCAAGUAGAUUUGAAGAUCUGUACUGCUCUUUAUAUUAAAAUAUGGAGAAAAUAGACGACUUAGUUGCUGAAGAAGGAGUUCUGGAUGUAAAAGAUCAAAGCUUUAUGCCUGGGACAGAGAAGUCAAGUGUUCUAUCUCCUUUACCUUUGGAGAAAAUGGGGACCGCUGGAGCUGCGACAGAAUUUUCAUCUUUGACACCAGCGAAAAAGGACGAGCAAUCACACAUUACCCAUGAAAUAGAUAUUGCUGCGCUUCCUGAAAAAUACAGAAACUUGUCAGAGUUCUUUGAUCGCAUGGUUUCCUCAUUGAGAUUGCUGAGUCUACGAAAACGGUCACCUACUUUUCAGAACGUGUCCAGUCAGGUUGAAGUACUGACAGGAAGAAAAUUCAUACACAGGCAUCUCGCACAGAUAAAGUACAUAGUUCCUGAAGCUAUUCAGAUAGAUAAAUUACUUGUACAUGAUGCGAAGACCAUGUGCAUGAAGCCAGAUGUUAAAGUUACCUUGCAUUUUGAUGUUGUGGAAGAUCACCUAGAACAGUCGAAGUUUAUGACCCUCAGCAGUCUUUUUGCAUCCAGGCUUAUGGAUUUUCUCCAUAAACAUGCUCAGGAUUGUGACAUCCCUGAAGCUGUACUUCCUGACCCGUUUAACCAAAGCUGCCUCACUAGCAAUGCAGACUUGCCUAUAGAUAUAUCAAGUUCUAAUGAAUCCAACUCAUUAUCAUCAUCCCAUCUCUGUCCAUCCUUCAGUCCACGCUUUUCUCGGGAAUCAGCUUUUGCAGAAGCAAAAAUAGAUCAGUUCUCGGUACCUUUGUCUACAGGCACACCUUAUGAGUCUGAUUCUACAUUGAAUCAGGAACUUGACUCUGAAAGGACAUCUCCUGAGUCAUCCAAAUCUUCCAUCAACCAGAACAAUGUCGAAGAGUGCCAACCUAUACCUGCUUGUAGUUUGGUUGGAAAUGAAAGAACUCCUAUGAAGAUUCUGUCUGAGAGUGAAUUAAUGCUUGAAACACCUGCUCAACCUACACCAAAGAGAUCGGUGCCAAUUACCGAAGACAAGCACAAGAAAAUGACAGAACAAGAAUCUCUUGUUCUCAAUCUAACUGUCAAAAGGUCACUAGAUUUUUCUACAUUACCUGGUGCAGAGAUGCCUUCAGAUUUGAUUUCGGGGAGCAUAGAGCAUCAUGAGCUUAACAUGGAAAGGAAGACUAUUUCAAAUGAAGAUCAUGUUAAUGCUGAUGUUUUCCCUAAUGAGGUUCAAGAAAGGAGUUGCUCUUUUUGCAAGGAAGAGAAGAUCUAUCAAAGUCACUUAACUGCAGCGCGGCAGGAAUCCUUUGGUUUAUCGGAUCUUGUUCGUCUAAUUCACCGUAUUUUUCAGUCUGUUGGCUGUCAAUCAAUGACUAAAAUGGAACUUGUUCACAAGAUCAUAGUGAAUGACUUUGAUAUUGAUGAGAACACUGAUGUGGAAGGGCAGAUAGAACUUCUUGAGAGGCUAGUUCCAGAUUGGCUAUAUAAGAAGUCUGCUCCUACUGGAGACCUUCUGUACAGUAUCAAGAAAGCUUCAGACUUGAACUCAGUCUGCGAAAGGGUUGUAGGUGUAUGAUCUAUUUGAUCCAAGGGGAAAUUCUGUUGGAGUUGCUCAGAAUAGAAGCACAGUUGUGGUUCCUCAACCCAAUUGGAAAGCAUAUACAAGAACUUGGUGCAUUUCCGGAGAGUAUCUAAGAUGAGGGAGGAUGAAUGAUUGAUUAUUGUCCAAAACAUGUAACGAAUGCAUGCCUUUAACUGCGUAAUUUUCUCUGAAGUAGAUUAGUGUGAAUGAAGAUUGCAGAGCAGCUUGUUGCCAUUAAAGUUGCUGUACAUUUUUGUAGUAUGUCAUUACUCACCUAAUUGAUUUGACAAAGCAGCUUGAUGUUGCAUUUCCUCC